CGAAUUUUCAGCGAAGAAGGAAGCAGCACUCUGUCUGUCAAAAAGGAAAAGAUCACAAAUUUUGGGCCCUUUUGCCUAUUCCGUUCCACCGAAACAAAGUGCCCUUUUUACGCGCUGUGUACUCUCCGGAAGCGAGCUAAACGAAUGUGCACCAAAAGUUUGUCGUGCAUCCUGUGCGGACAGCCCAAUUUUCCCAGCAUCGAUGCAUUGCGCGUUAGUUUGCUGAAAGUGACGGCCCGUCCCUUGAAGUGUCCGAUCUGUGGUGACGAGCUGCUCGGUUUGGACAAGCUGACGAUCCACCUGUUCGGCCAUUCGUUGCUCGAGGACCAGCAGGCGGAGCGCACACCAGCGACGGAGCAGGCGACGAACGAUGGCACCGGCAGCAGUCAGUCCAGCACCACCACCUUUGCCUCGAGCUCGUUCAAAACGUUGCGCAAAGUUCGUAAAAAGGCAGCGCACGAAACGGAAGUGAAGCACCGGAACGGCGGUGACAGCGGUCGAGCGGCGGGUGGCAAAAUGUCGCCCGCGCUUGAAAAUAGCCAAGCUGCUGCUGGUUGUUCCACGAACGCGAACCACUGUUCCGAGUGUGACGUGGUGUUUCGUAACUCGGCCCUGCUCAAGAUGCAUCGGGAGGUGUUCCACGACAGCAGCAACAUUGCCCCGGUGACACCGACCCGGGACGGUGUGUUCGAUAAACGAUUCCACUGCCACAUCUGCCCGAAGGAGUUCAAGAUGAAGGGUUCGCUGAAGAUACACAUGCGAGUGGUACACGAGGCUGGUUCGAAGAAGAUUUGCUUGGACGCUGACAGUGCAACUACCUCGCGUGCGAUCGAAUCUAGUAGCCACAUGGCAACGAACGCGUCGGGUGUGGGCAACAGUGGUGAAUGUACCCCCGCAAAUGGACCCACUAUGGUGCCCAUGCAAAUGCUCUUCCAGUCGCAACUGUCUCCCGCAACGGCCGAAGCAAACUCCGUGCCAGCGUCUUCCGAAACGCACAUUAUACAAAUCAUUGAUCCUCGGCAACUCGCACAGGUGGUGUAUCUGCCACCGAACUCCGACACCCAGCAGAUUAGUCUUCCUUCGACCGCUGGAGUAGCGCAGCAAGCCAGGGAUAGCUUUUCACUGCCCUCGUCUCCACAGCAACCGCACCAGCAACAGCAGCACGGACAGCAAGGACACGACAAUGCAAAGCAAUGGGAAUGCGAGGUGUGCCGCAAAUCCUUCACGACCAAGUAUUUCCUCAAGAAACACAACCGACUUCAUACGGGUGAGAUGCCUUAUACCUGUGGAAUCUGCCACAAAUCGUUCACGUUUCAGCAGUCCUACCACAAGCAUCUGCUUUACCACAGCGACGAGAAGCCGCACGUGUGUUCGGUUUGCAACCGUGCGUUCAAAGAGCUGUCCACGCUGCACAACCACCAGCGGAUACAUUCUGGCGAAAAGCCGUUUGCCUGCGAAACGUGUGGGAAGUGUUUCCGGCAGCGCGUGUCCUAUCUGGUUCACCGGCGGAUACACACCGGACUAAUGCCGUACAAAUGUUCCGGUUGUGAGAAAAGUUUUCGCUACAAAGUGUCCCAACGUACCCACAAGUGUCCAGCGAGUCCACCCGGGACGGUGGUACGGAAAACGGGUGAUCUGUUACAGAAGCUACUGCAGUCUUCCUCAAUCAUCCCGGAAGGAUCCGUUUCUGAUACAAUGCAGCCAAAGGAACCAACGUUCAUGGAGGGAUCGCUUUGCAACAUCGCUGCCGAGCCCAACGAGGAGGAGGACAAACAAACGACGGCAGACUACGUGAACCGUACGCUGGACGAGCUGGUAAAGGGGACGUACGAUAAGCUGGAUAUCAGUAGCGCAUCCUCGCCUUCCUUGCUGUACGAUGCGCAGUUGCAACCGCAGCCCACACUGUACGGUGACGCUGGUAUGGCUAAUCAGCUGCGGUCACUAUCGGACCAAACGGAACCACCGCAGUCCUCCUCUGCUGGCAGUGAGACGAACUUCCCUCGCAUCGAAAGCCUGUGUCUGCUUUCGCCGAGCGCCUUCGAUGGUGGUCAACUGGAAGAUUUGGAAGGGCUUAAGCUUGAUAAUGCAUGGUGAUUACGGAAGCAACGUCGUUAAAACAAUUAUCGUCAAACAAAAUCAACUUUUUUUUGUGCUAGUUGCUAGUCUCAUCGAAAGAGAGGUAUAUUUGUGGCAUAUUUGUAAGCGGCACCCACCUUUAAUGCGCAGUACUAUAAGUUUACGACAGAGAAUAUACAUUAUUGAAAUGAAAAGCCCAAAA